AUGGCGCUCAAAAGGUUUGACUUUGAAACACUGAAAACGUUCCAGUUCCACGUUGUUGCCUCUGAUUCUGGAACUCCGUCACUGAGCAGCAACGUCACAGUGAACGUGUUCAUUCUGGAUCAGAACGACAACGCUCCAGUCAUCCUGUAUCCAGUCAGCUCCAACGGUUCUGCUGAAGGUGUGGAGGAGAUUCCCCGCAAUGUGAACGCAGGAUACGUGGUGACUAAAGUCAGAGCCUACGACGCUGAUAUAGGAUAUAACGGCUGGUUACUGUUUUCUCUGCAGGAAGUUACUGAGCACAGUCUCUUUACUUUGGACCGCUAUACAGGACAGAUCAAAACACUACGUCCAUUCACAGAGACAGACGAGGCUGAGCAUAAACUGGUCAUACUGGUCAAAGACAAUGGGAACAUUUCACUCUCAGCAACAGCUACUGUCAUUGUCAAAGUUGUGGAGCCCAAAGAAGCUUUUGCAGCUUCUGAUGUUAAAAAUUCCGGAACUCCGUCACUGAGCAGCAACGUCACAGUGAACGUGUUCAUUCUGGAUCAGAACGACAACGCUCCAGUCAUCCUGUAUCCAGUCAGCUCGAACGGUUCUGCUCAAGGUGUGGAGGAGAUUCCCCGCAAUGUGAACGCAGGAUACGUGGUGACUAAAGUCAGAGCCUAUGACGCUGAUAUAGGAUAUAACGUGCACAAAGCAGGAGAGCGUGUGUCCGCCGAGUUAGUGCUGCAGAAAGCUUUAGACCGAGAGAAGCAGCCUGUCAUCACCAUGACACUGACGGCUGUCGAUGGGGGAAAUCCUCCUAAGUCAGGAACCUCGCAGCUCACAAUUAAUGUUUUAGACAACAAUGAUAACAUUCCGAUAUUCAGCGAAAGCUUGUAUAAGACAAAAAUUCCAGAAAACACGCCCGUGGGUACAACAGUGAUGGCGGUGAAUGCCACAGAUGCAGAUGAGGGCCUGAACGGUGAGAUUGUGUUUUCACUAAGAAGCAAGGAUCAAGAUCGUGUGCUUGAUAUAUUUGAAAUUGAAAGCCAAACGGGUGUCAUUAAGGUAAAAGGCAACAUAGACUUCGAAGAAAGAAAGGCGUUUGAAAUACGUGUAGAAGCCAGUGAUAAAGGACAGCCUCCGAUGUCUGCUCAUUGUAAAGUGCUGGUGGAAGUGAUAGACCUGAACGACAAUGCUCCUGACAUCACUGUGACGUCACUACUGAACACAGUGAAAGAGGACUCUAAUGUCGGUACCGUGGUUGCACUUGUGUCAAUAGUAGAUAAAGAUGGUGGGAAAAACGGUGAGGUAAAUGUCCAUAUUAAAAAUGAGGUACCAUUCAAGCUCGAGACAAACUAUAAAAACUAUUAUUCUUUGUUAGUUGAUGGACCGCUGGACAGGGAGACUGUUUCCAACUACAACGUUACAAUAGUCGCCACGGACAAAGGAGCCCCACCAUUGACUAGCACGAGUGUAGUUUAUUUACGCGUUUCUGAUGUUAACGACAACGCACCGUGGUUCGCGAAUCCCUUCAUCAAUGUUUAUGUGAAUGAGAACAGUCCAGUGGGAGCAAUUAUUAAAACAGUGAUUGCAACUGACGCUGACAUUAACCAGAACAGCCAGGUGACAUAUUCACUGUUACAAACUAACAGUGCUAAUAGUGAUUUGUUACCGUUUUCUACAAUGGUGAAUAUUAACUCAGAGACUGGAGAUAUAAUCACUCUACAGUCUUUUAACUUCGAGGAGUUAAAAACGCUUCAGUUCAAAGUUCAGGCCACAGACUCUGGUGUUCCUCCGCUCAGCAGCAACGUGACAGUGAACGUUUUUAUCCUGGAUGAAAAUGACAACAGUCCCGUGGUUCUUGCGCCCUAUUCUGAGCACGGCUCCGUUAACAGUGAGAGCAUCCCCUAUAAUGUUGAAGCGGGACACAUUGUGGCAAAGAUCAGGGCUGUAGACGCAGACUCUGGAUACAACGCGCUGCUUUCCUAUCACCUCUCUGAGCCCAAAGGAAACAACCUUUUCCGGAUCGGAACCAGUACCGGGGAAAUCAAGACUAAGAGGAGAAUGAGUGACAAUGACCUGAAAACUCACCCCUUGGUGGUGCUGGUUUCUGAUAACGGAGAACCCUCCCUGUCAGCUACUGUGUCUAUAGAGGUGAUGGUGGUUGAAAGCUCAGCUGACAUCCAGACUCAGUUCAGACAUGUGCCCAUAAAGGACGAGAGCUUCACUUCACUAAACCUGUAUCUGCUGAUCGCCAUUGUGUCGGUGUCAGCCAUCUUUCUGCUCAGCCUCAUCAGUUUAAUAGCUGUCAAAUGCCACAGGACAGACAGCAGUUUCAGCAGGUACAGCGCCCCCAUGAUCACCACCCACCCUGACGGGAGCUGGUCUUACUCUAAAGCUACACAGCAGUAUGACGUCUGUUUCAGCUCAGACACGCUCAAGAGUGACGUGGUGGUUUUUCCCGCACCGUAUCCACCUGUAGAUGCGGAGCUGAUCAGUAUUAACGGAGGAGACACGUUUACCAGGACUCAGACUUUACCCAGUAACGAAAAGGUGAGUAAACAUAUAAAACGCUACGUUGUGUGA